AUGAGCGAAGAAUCAAUCCCCACAAGGGUCGUCGCAAUUGGUGUAGGGGGAGCGACAUCUUCUGGAAAAACGAUAUUGGCGAAGCAUCUCAGAAACUGUCUACACAACAGUGUCAUAAUUCACCAGGAUCCUGCCGAGAAACUCCCCGUCGAUCCAGAAUAUGGUUUCGCUGAUUGGGACGAUGCUCCAGGUGCCAUCGACUGGGACCGCAUGACGACCUUCCUGUCCGAUCUGAAAAGGACGGGAGUCCUUCCGGAUGACCACGAGUCCUUUGAUUCGUUGAACACAACGGCGAAUGUAUCUGUCGAUGACGAGAUCAUCGCUGGAUGGAAGACGCGCAGCGAAAAGCUUGCUUUAGAACAUCUGGAAAAGCAUGGCGAAAAGCUUGUAUGGGCGAUAAUCGAUGGCUUUCUGCUGUACUGGGACAAACGUAUUGUAUCUGAGCUUGAUGUUCGAGUGUUCCUUCGAGUCCCAGAAGACGUCGCCAAGAAAAGACGCGAAGCUCGAGCGUACAAUACACCUGAAGGUGAGGUUUGGAAAGACCCCCCGCAUUACUGGGAGAAAAUAGUCUGGCCUGCCUAUCUGCGUGCACACAAAGGCCUAUUCGAAGGUGAAGACGUUGUAGCUGGAAACUUGAGCGGCCAGGUGGAAGAUUUGAUAUUGUUCGAGAGUACAAAGGUGGAGAUGAAGGACAUGGUCGAGGCUGUUAUGAAGAAAGUAGUAGAUGCCUCAGCUCAAGCAGCACCAGAGACAUAG